UACAUUUAUUUAUUUGAUUUAUUUACCAAUUCGUUGUAUUUAUUUGUUAUUAUUUAUAUCGAGGAAAAUCGUCCACCAAUCAGAUGACCCAAUUAUCGUCACGUGACUUUCUGAUAACGAGGUCAUGUGAGCUGCAGAGCGGAAGUGCAGUCGUCAGAUCCAACAUGGCGGCGGUGCAGAAUUGUUAUCUCUGAAGUAAACGUACUUAGUUUUAUUUUUAAAACGGUGUUUACGGGGAUUUUUUUGGAUUCAUUAUUUUACCGUAAUCCUCGUCAUGAGUUCUAAAUAACGUUCACGGUUCCGUGUGACGAAGACGAUAUUUUGGAGCCGCGGCAAGAAGAAGAAAGAAGGGUCAUCCAACCAGUGGCGGCCAUGUCUGUGGGUGAGACCACGUCGGACUCUGCUCCGUUCUUCUCAGACGACAGUGAGACGGAGGAGUCGGGCGGCGCGGUGCCUCAGCGGGAGGAGUCUCCCAGCGGCGUGUCGAGGGUCCGAUCUCUGCUGACCGUCCUCGUCCUCUGUUACAUCAACCUGCUCAACUACAUGGACCGCUUCACCGUGGCAGGUGUUCUCCCCGACAUCGAGCACUAUUUUGGGAUCGAUGAUGGGAAAUCUGGCCUCCUCCAGACAGGUAACAGGAACCAUCCAUGACGUCAUCGAAACAUAU